GUUACCCGGAAGACAGGCUACAAAGGGGAGCAGACAGCAAAGGCCAAGUUUUGUGUUCCUGUGGACGUCGCCACGGGGCCAGGCAUCAUGACGUGCUUGGCAUGCUACAUGCAGAACAGAGGUCUCACGAAUGAGGCCAUUGCCGCUGCCUGGCAAAUCGUGGAGGUUCUGGAGAGACAGAGCUGCUUCAACGAACACCUAAAGCUGCUGCCGGACGUGCCAGAGGUGUGCCUGGAGGUGCAGAGAAAUGCUGUGAGUCUCCAGGCUUUCCAGGAAGCCUUGCGAGUCAUGCACUUGGAGGUCAUUCUGCCCCUCAUCCCGCGGUACUUCGCCAACCAACGCCAGUCUUUGACAGUGGGGCAGAUCUUGUUCGUGCUCUUCGCUGCGCGGCAGAAGCCACAGAUCAGAGACUCCGACGUGGCCCAGCAGGUGACGAAGCGAGUGAUGCAUCAGUUCUGUCAACAUCUUGAACUCCGGUUGUGUCGGCCAGAAAGUGCUCUCUUGAAGCAGUGCCCGGACCCGACCAAGUGCUCGACGUAUCAUCCGAUGCUGCGAGACUCUCGUCUCAAAGGCAACCCUGCGGUCCGCGACAAAUUGCUCGGCCGCUUUGGGUGCAAACCUGGAGGCUUUUGCAGCAGCAAGGAUGAGCUUACUCUGGAGGCCUUAGGCCUGGUGUCGAAGCAGUCCAAAAUUGCCUCCCGGGCAUGCGGCGAGUUCAUGAUCAGGUAUUAUGCAAAGAGUUCGGAGAUCAUGACAGAGGAUCUCAAGCGGCAGGGUGGCUCCCGAGUCUUGAACCUGUGCCUCGAUGCUGCCAGGGUCUGCAAACAGCAGGUGCUGUCCAUCCAGUUGCGGACUUCGGAAACGCAGCAAGCAGCCUUGGUGCAGAUUCUGCCAGACUCUGCACCUUGCAAAGAUGGUGCGACGACCCUGCAAGCUUUGGAGCUGGCCUUGGAAGGCAGCAUGCCCAGCGAAGGCCGGAAGCUUCGCGACACUGCGAAGCAUCUGGUCACGUAUCGCACGACCUCAAAGCAGCUGCUCUUGUCUUUGAAAAACGGCCUCGGUCUCUUGGUGCCUGGCUUCAGCUUCGCAAAGUGCAUUCCUCAACAGACCCUCGUCCCAAGAGGCACGAUGUACCGGUACGAGCUCACGCCCGAAGAGAAGAAGUUGCUCGGGGUGCCAGCAGACUUGACAAGGUUCUUUCUUUACAACGAUGCCACAGGAGAUUCUCGUGUCGACUACCCGCUGCCAAGUAGACUUCCUCUGCAUCGCAUCGUGUAUGCAGGGGACGAGGGAACCGAGAUGUUCAUUUGCUACCAGUUUCUCUGUGAGAAGGGC